AGACUCCACCCCUGCCUAUAAAACCCGGCUGCGAGUCAGUUCCCACUUCUCUGCCUCCUUCAACAUCUGUCCCGCCUGGUCGCUUUCUUGAUCAACUUCCAACUUCCAACCGUCGAGAUGGCGUGCCCCCUGGACCAAGCUAUUGCCCUCCUGGUUGCUGUUUUCCACAAGUAUUCUGGCAAAGAAGGUGACAAGAACACCCUGAACAAGAAGGAGUUGAAGGAACUCAUCCAGAAGGAGUUGACCAUUGGAUCACACUUGAAUGAUGCCGAGAUUAAAGGACUGAUGGAGGAUCUCGAUCGCAACAAAGACCAGGAGGUGAACUUCCAGGAAUACGUGACCUUCCUUGGUGCCAUGGCAAUGAUUUACAAUGAGGCGUUGAAGGGUUAAUUGCAGACGAACCCCGCUAGAUCAAGGCAGCAUGGCCUCGAUGAACCGGAAGUGCCUCUGUAAGCAGUUUUGUGUCUAAUAAAGAUUGAUUUUUGUAAUGUUGGGA